AUGGCAGGCAGCGGAACGGAUGGCGGCGGUGGACCUUCACUGACUUGCACGCAAACUGGAUCCACGCCAAGUGCUCCCUCAGCAGCCCAGAGUGUGGAUACCAGCGUUCCCAUCCCUCCAGCCUCGGUGACUGUUGAUGAAACAAACGUCACUACUGUGCCGACACUCAGUGAACAACCGGAGCAGACGCGAUCGAUGAAGGAUUUCAGCGAGGCCGAAACGACCAGUCCUCCAGCGCUCUGUUCUCAAGGGAACACCACGCCAGACCAACCAGCUCUGCUCGUGGAGUCGUUCGACAAAGUCUUGCUCGAUGGUGAAACUAUCGCUUUGCCGAGCGCGGCCGAGUUGGCAAAUGUGGCAUCAAACCCGAAGCCGCACAGUCCAGCCGCUGCUCCACCUCGUCCCCAGGCCCAGCAGCCGGAUGAAUUGUCCGACUAUUUGUUUGAUGAUAUUCCAGAUGACGACCUUGCGUUGCUUGAGUGCGAGCUGUCGCCCCAUCCAAGUCUGCCUGCCGUUGUCGACUUGACUUCCAAGUCAACCCCUCCAACCAUCCUGUCCACUCCCCAACAAGCACCACGGAAAUCCAUCAUCGUCUCGCCAAAAGUACCCAAAAUGCCGGCUUCAGCAGUCAUGGCUAAUGCUGCAGAUCCUCUAGCUGACUUUUUGCGUUUGCGCGGUCGCGUUGACAAAGCAAAAUCUAGCUCGCCCAAUCCUUCUCGUCGUUCGACCAACUCCCACACGCCGUUAGCUGAAAGGCUGACUAGCAAUGCAGCAGCUGCAGCUGCAACAGCAGCCGCCGCCGCCAUUCCACAGUGGAAGCCUUCUGCACGGUCCACUGCCCAGCAACCACCGCAAUCUCAGGCUGCAAGUGUCGCACCUACCCCACCUGCGUCCACCUCAUCACCGACGCCCGUUUAUCGAGAACUGCAACGCUCGGCUCAAUUCAUCUCUGCAAUUGACAACUUUGCCACCACGCUCCCAGAGUUUGUAGCAGCCAGUCCAUCGCCAGCUCCUUUGCUCUCGCAAGAGCUCCAGCAAGUAUUCACAAGAGCCACCUCCCAAAGCCAACAGUCCACCCAUCAUGAGCUUGCUACAACCACCUUCUGCUUGCCACGGUAA